AUGGGUCGGUUUAGAUCAAACAGACAGGAGAUGUACCCGAGGUCAUCUGUCACUUUCUUCACAGAGGAGCAGUAUCACAUUUCAUCCGGUUAUUCACUACCAACAAUUUGCUGCCGUACUUUGUAUUGGCGAUUUAUGCAUUUAUUCCAUCCUUUUAUAGUGCAUUUGCUUAUUUUUUUAUGCUUCAUUACUGCCGAUGCAUCACUUUAUCUACCCGUUAUCAUCGGAAAUUCCGAGUUUCACGAAUAUAAAGGUCAGCAAUAUAUUGAGAAAAAGGCUGGCGAAAUAUUGGAAUUGAAUUGCUCAACCAUGGAAGCCGUUAAAUGGAUAUUGCCUGAUAACUCUUUCCAUGUUGGCUUCGACCCUGUAGAGCGAGCAGACAGAGUCACAGAGAAUGGUUUUGAUAUCGGAUUUCGGAGUUUGCGGAUAGAGCCGCUGAAAAGGUCAGAUACGGGUGAAUAUGUGUGUGCCGCAGAACAUUCCGGAUUAAAUGCGAAAUCAGUUAAAGAGGGAUCGUUCCUGAAUUCUGGUCCCUUAAUUAUUUCUAAAUCACUCCGAGGACUUCAUGUGAUUUUGCCGUGCAGAAUGGAUGAAUUCAUUGAAAGCGGUGUGGAGUUGUUCAUUAAUCAUAUAAAGCAGACUAAAGGAAUUCAGUUUGAUCCAAGGAUUGGAUUCAUUGUAGAUCGAGAGCUUCUCAAUGAUCGUACGGAGAUACCGGCUCGUUGCGAAUAUUUGGGCCAUAUUUCAGAAAUGGUAAUAGUGCCGAUAAAAAACGAUGAAGAGUUGGAGGGCUCGCCACUGAUUGAAGUGUCGACUGAGUGGCCUUACGGUCAUGUCGUUUCAAAUCGUUAUGUGAAAAUUGGAGAUGGUAUCAGGAAAUUGUUGUUUAUUGAAGAUUUGCAUGAAAGCGAUUCUGGUGACUAUGAAUGCAUAGUGACAAAUAAAGAUGAUAUUCAUGAUAUUCGGCGUAGUAUGUAUCGAUUGCAAGUGUCACCCACAAAAGGUCAAUUAAAAGUGGUGGAUUUUUCGGAAAAUACUAAUUUCGAAGAAGGUAAUACUGUGAGGUUGUUCCAUAUAGCAAGAGCGUUUCCAAGCGAUGAAUAUAGUUCUGAAUGGAGAAAGUAUUCGAAAACACUAUCAUCCAGAGGAGAAUUCAUGGAGAAAAUAGAAAAAGGCACUAAAAGUAAAGCGAAUGCAGAUCUUCAUGAAGACGAACUAUCAAUCAUUAAUGCUGCCGUUGAUGAUACUGCGACCUAUCAGUUAAUGAUAAGAGUGUCACAAGACUAUGUUUACCAGAAAAAUUGGACAUUAUCCAUUCGUCCCAUUGAAAUUCAACCACGCAUUACUAUUCAAGAUGAAUUCGGUCAGCCUUUAUCAUCUGAUGUGCUAAUCGAUUCGAAAAUAAUUGUUACAUGCGUGGUGAAAGAUAUGAAACCACGCAAGUUACGUCUUUUAUACAUAACGAGAGGUGAAGAUUGGGAAGAACCUGAUGACAUUGAAGAAUUGUCUGGUUUCACUUUUGAAUCCGCUAUAAAAUGGGUAAUAUAUGCGAAGGAACAUAUACGAAUACGUUGUGAAGAUGACGAAACUAAUAAGGCAUUUUUCAUUUUACAGUCUUAA